AUGUCCGACGAUCUUGCCACUGGACGCAGCAACGGCGACUCUGCCCUCCGCUUCGCUCCUGCCUACGCUCCGAUUGCUGGCACCGAGCUCUCUCCCGCCGACUACUUCAAGCGCAAGGUCGCCUUGAUCACCGGUAUCACUGGUCAGGACGGCUCGUACCUCACCGAGCUCCUCCUCGAGAAGGGCUACGAGGUCCACGGCAUCAUUCGUCGUUCGUCGUCCUUCAACACUGGCCGCAUCGAGCACCUCUACAAGGAUGUCCACGAGCGCCCCAAGAUGGUUCUCCACUACGGCGAUUUGACCGACACGACCAACCUCGUCUCCAUCAUUGCGUCCAUCAAGCCCACCGAGAUUUACAACCUUGCCGCCCAGUCGCACGUCAAGGUCUCGUUCGACAUGGCCGAGUACACCGGCGACGUUGACGGUCUCGGCACCCUCCGUCUCCUCGACGCCAUCCGCACUUGCGGCUUGACCAACCACAUCCGCUUCUACCAGGCCUCGACCUCGGAGCUUUACGGCAAGGUCGUCGAGACUCCUCAGUCGGAGACUACGCCUUUCUACCCUCGCUCGCCUUACGGUGUCGCCAAGCUCUACGGUUUCUGGAUCGUGAAGAACUACCGCGAGUCGUACGACAUGCACGCCUCGAACGGUAUCCUCUUCAACCACGAGUCGCCCCGCCGUGGUCGCACCUUCGUCACCCGCAAGAUCUCGCGCGCCGUCGCCGAGAUUUCGCUCGGCCAGCAGGACUGCCUCUACCUCGGUAACCUCGACGCGAAGCGCGACUGGGGACACGCUCGCGACUAUGUCGAGGGCAUGUGGCGCAUGCUCCAGCAGGACCAGCCCGACGACUUUGUCCUCGCGACCGGCGAGACCCACCCCGUCCGCGAGUUCGUCGAGAAGGCGUUCAAGAUUGUCGGCACCACCAUCGUCUGGGAGGGCGAGCGCGACACGGUCAACGAAAUUGGAAAGUGCAAGGAGACUGGCAAGGUCCUCGUCCGCGUCGACGAGCGGUACUUCCGUCCUGCUGAGGUCGACCUCCUCCACGGCACUCCGGCCAAGGCCGAGAAGGUCCUUGGCUGGAAGCGCAAGGUCACGUUCGACGAGCUCGUCAAGGAGAUGGUUGAGGCCGACGUCGAGGGCGCCAAGCGCAGCAACCACGACUAA